AUGAACAAUAAUAAUCUUGUCUUAUUGUUAUCGAUUCUAAUAUUAUCGACGCAAACUCACCGAUCAUGGGGUUGGUUUUUUUCCUCCAAAGAGGAGACGAAUUCAGACAAGAAGUUAAUGUAUGUAGCUUCAUCGGAAUUCUCGAUCGAGUCCUUAAAUGACCAAUCGGGCAUCCAGGUGAUCGAAAACGCAAAGAACAAGAUGCUCGCCCCGAAUUCCUGCUGGCAGACGGCCUACCAGAACGUUUUCCAAGGGUGCACCAAAACCCUAGCCGACGAGGAGUCGCGGUCGAGGCUCGCGUGGCACCUCAGCGACUGCUUCCAGCGCCACACGGGUCGACCCGCUUUCCCGUAUUGCGACCCGAAAUCGAACAUGAAGAAGUGCCUCAAGAAUCUCGAUGUGGACGCCCACAAAGUCUUUCUCGAGUACUAUCUUGAAACGAACUCCAUCUGUCACCAGUUGCAGACCGAAGCGUUUAGGCAUCAAACGGAGAGGUUAGUGAACGAGUUGAAGAGCACCGCAGAAUACGCAGAGGCGAAGCUAGGCAAGAUAGAAGAACACGGGGAGAUUUUACUAGAGAACGCUAAACAAGUGCACGAUUCUUUGUCCACAAUAGACGUGACAACUCAGCAAGUAGCGGAAACUUCUAGAAAAGUCGAGGAGCACGUGACCUCGGUUCUGGAACACUCUCAAAUGGUUUACGAGCAGUCGAAGGGAAUAGUAGCUUCUCAAGUGGAGUUGCAACAAGGGCAGGCUCGAAUGAAGGAGAAUUUGGCCGAAGGAAUGGCUUUGAUACAGAGCUCGUACGAGAGUUUGGGGGGCGAAAUCGUCAAUUUGAGAAACGAAGCGGUUGAGAUAGAGAAGGGGGUCGCGAAAGUUGGGGAAGCAAUGUUUACGAAGAUGAGUGUUUUGCAGAGCAAAGCUGACGAUAUCGGUGACAUGGCGGGGGCAUCGUUGGACAAACAAAAACAGCUUCUUGAUGGACAGACGGUCGCUCUCGAGGGUUUACAUUUUCUCACCAAGUUUCAGUCACAGGCUCUUGAAGAGAGCAGGUUGACUCUGCAGAAGUUAGCUGAAUUCGGGCAUAAACAGCAGGAGGAACUACUCGAACGGCAAAAAGAACUUCAUCAGUCUCACGAUCAUUUAGUCGAAAAUUCAAGAAUGAUGAUAGAAGCUCAGGUAACAUUUGAGUCGAAGCAAGCGAGCAUGUUUGUAGCCAUAGACAAGCUAUUUGCGUUGCACAGUGCAAUGUUGUUCGAAUCACGAGUCAUCAUUGCUUUCUUGAUAUACUCUGUUGCAAUCUUCAUCAUCUACAUGCUGACCAGCAUUAAGCACGCCUACAAUAAACCUCGAUAUAUCGUCUUAAAACAGUUCUUAAGAUCGUUGUCUAUUUUUUUGUCAGGUCUUUGUGUGACAUUCUUAAUCGAAACAAGUAUAAUUUGGUGCGUAACAACCGACGCUGAACAGCAAGGAAGGUUAAUACAUAUGGUUAGGUCACUUUUCGGGAUAUUGGCAUCCAUCCAAUAUCUAUACGCCAUUUUUACCUACAGAGAUUAUGAAGUACUGAACCAUCAUAUGCUACUGACACUAAUGGAGAAGAUUAACAGUAUGCAAGGGAACAAGAACAAAGAGCUGAUCUCGUGGGAAAUGGACAACGAGAGUGACGUGGACUGGUCAUCGUGGGUCGAUACCGAAUUGCCUGAGGAUGUAGAUUUGUUAGAAGAUCCCGAUUAUUUAUUACCGGAAGAAGUUGGUGAUAAUUCUUCGAUUACUAGUUCAUACGCCAAGAGAUAUAAUCUCCGAAGGCGCUAGUUACUAAAUCUUUU